CAAAAUGAAAUUGCAAUUCCUUUAACAAGCUUUUGGAUUGCAGUUAGACUUUUAUAAAAUCACAGAUACCUACUUGGAGGUCUCUGGUCCAAAAGUUGGGAUCUCUCCCUAUCGAGGUCCCCCAAUCUCCAUUUCUCCUUUUGUCUUAUUUCUUUGUGGCCUCCGGCCUCUAGACAUUUGAAGUUAAUCUUUUGUCUCUCCUCCAGUAGUCUGAGCUCCCUCUUUACCCCAGCUCCCUUUUUAAUCCGAUUACUUCAAGAUUCCUGAUGAAAUUUUAAGAGUUUUCUACACUCUUUAUUCUGUAUUUUUCUCACCAGUGCCAAAUUUUGGCCUCAGACAAUUAGUCACUGACACCUUUCUAGUUUGCCCCUACUUAGCAAUGCCCUUCACAUUGGAAUUCCAAGGGUGAGGACUGUCCCUUGUUACAAAUUAUAUUUCAAAAAACCUCUGGUUCCUCCAUUCUAUUUUUCCUCCUCCAGGAUUCUUCUCCCAAUCAUAUCCUUAUCCCAAGAGAGAGGAGUUCUGCUGGAGGGAGUUAGUCCCUCCCAACCCCUGCCCUCAGCAAAAGAUUGAAAAUUUCUAAAUUUGCAAAGGGGAGAUUAAUGGAAAGAAUGGUUCUUCAUUGAGAUUUGGAAACAUACAAGAAGUAAAACAAACUAAAGGAGGAUUGAUUUGCAAGCUUGGUUUGCUCCCUGUUAUCCAAUGAGACAGAGGGAUUAUUAACUGAAGGUCUCUAGAGCUGUUAAAAGAUAUUGGUUCUCUUUUGAUUUGAAUACUGAUAUUCUAGAUGGGAAAGGACUUCCUUCUUUACUCUUUGUGUUCUUCUGACACAAAGAAGGAGAAGAAAUGAAUACUCCUGGAGGGUGUCCCUUACGGACUGGGAGGGACAAAUAAGCAGUAUGUUACUGAUAUGUUUCCAGAUCCUAAUUCUAUUGGCAGUCCCACUAAUGACUGGUAUUUGAUCUAUCCCCAUGCUUCCUCCCUUUUUGGCAUAUCUGCUGUUUGGUAGCUCAGGAUGGGGCAAUACAGUGGACUCUGCCCCCACCCCCACCCCCAUCUCCGAGUUCACUCAAUCUUCUCUCCACCCCCAUCUAGGGUUAUUGCACAAGGGCCCUGAAAGUGUCCACAGGAGAAGGGCACAGAAGCUUAAUAGGCACACUUACAGUUUGGGGAGUCCCCUUCUCCCCAAACUCUAGUCUGCUCAUUUUUUUCUUAAUCUCCCCAGAUUCUCUUCACAUCAUCCUAACCAGUCUUCAACUCUUCUCUCUCCCUAUGCCUGGCCAAAUUUCUUUCUUCAGUCACUUACAGGUCAAGCGGUCAAAAUUCACUAGGUAGGAGGGUCAUCAGCUGGGAAGAGCCCGCGCCUGGGGGGACGUGGCUGGGUAGGUAUGGGGGAUCCAGGUCAGCCCUCUAGUCCACGGCCCCCCUUUGGCAGUCCCCCAACUCUAAGCACUCUCAUUCUCCUGCUGCUCCUCUGUGGACAUGCUCAUUCUCAAUGCAAGAUCCUCCGCUGCAAUGCAGAGUAUGUUUCGUCCACUCUGAGCCUUAGAGGUGGGGGUUCAUCGGGAGCUCUUCGAGAAGAGGAAGGAGAAGAAGGAAGAGGCGGUGGCGGCCGAGGUGGAGGGGUGGGCUCCGGUGGCCUCUGUCGAGCCCUCCGCUCCUACGCGCUCUGCACUCGGCGCACCGCCCGCACCUGCCGCGGGGACCUGGCCUUCCACUCGGCGGUGCACGGCAUCGAAGACCUGAUGAUCCAGCAUAACUGUUCACGCCAGGGCCCCACGGCGCCUCCCCCGCCCCGGGGCCCCGCUCUCUCAGGUGCCGGCCCGGGCCUCCCAGCUCCCGACCCCUGUGACUACGAAAGCCGGUUUUCCCGGCUACAUGGUCGUCCCUCGGGCUUCUUGCAUUGCGCCUCCUUUGGCGACCCUCAUGUGCGCAGCUUCCACCACCACUUUCACACGUGCCGUGUUCAAGGAGCUUGGCCCCUGUUGGAUAACGACUUCCUCUUUGUCCAGGCCACCAGCUCGCCCGUGGCAUCGGGGGCCAACGCUACCACCACCCGAAAGCUCACCAUCAUAUUUAAGAAUAUGCAGGAAUGCAUUGAUCAGAAGGUAUACCAGGCUGAAGUGGACAAUCUUCCUGCAGCCUUUGAAGAUGGUUCUAUCAAUGGAGGUGACCGACCUGGGGGCUCCAGUUUGUCCAUUCAAACUGCUAACCCUGGGAGUCACGUGGAGAUCCGAGCUGCCUAUAUUGGCACAACUAUAAUCAUUCGGCAGGCAGCUGGGCAGCUCUCCUUCUCUAUUAAGGUAGCAGAGGAUGUGGCCAGGGCCUUCUCCGCUGAACAGGACCUGCAGCUCUGUGUUGGGGGAUGCCCUCCAAGUCAACAACUCUCUCAAUCAGAGCGCAAUCGUCAGGGAGCUGUAACCAUUGAUACAGCCAGAAAGCUGUGCAAGGAAGGGCUUCCCGUGGAAGAUGCUUACUUCCAUUCCUGUGUCUUUGACGUUUUAAUUUCUGGUGACCCCAACUUUACUGUGGCAGCUCAAGCAGCUCUGGAGGAUGCCCGAGCCUUCCUGCCAGACUUAGAGAAGCUGCAUCUCUUUCCCUCCGAUGCUGGGGUUCUUCUCUCCUCAGCAACCGUCCUAGCGCCACUCCUUUCUGGGCUCUUUGUUCUGUGGCUUUGUAUUCAGUAAGGAGGUCAGCAAUCCCAGUACUGAUUUGGAAAUGAUUUGGACAUUGAGAAUAGUAUAGAAGAACAUAAAGAAUCACUAAAGAAAAUAGUAAAGACCAGGAGACAUAUGAAACAAUGACGUUUAUACAUAGUCAUAUGAGGCUGAAGUUACAGAAUAAAGAUUCUAGAUAAGGUUUUUGCAUUCUAGACUUUCAUAGGUGCUCUCCACCAAUUUUUCCAAUCCUGCUUAUUGUAAGCAAAUUGCUCUAAUCUACUGUCUACUCCAGAGAUCACCUCUAUAAGCUUAGAGGCGGGGGGGGGGGGUCCUGAUGAUCAAUAAAUUAAGGGUUGAGUUUUUUUAAGAGGCAAGAACUGAAAAAAGAAUACAUGAUCAUUACCCAUAAGAAAUUCAAAAGAGAGGGUGGUGCCUGUGGCUCAGUGAGUAGGGUGUCAGCCCCAUAUACCUAGGGUGGUGAGUUCAAACCCAGCCCCAGCCAAAAUGCAAGAACAAAAAAAGUAAAAAAAAUAAAGUUUAAAAAAGAAGAAAUUCAAAAGAGGAGAAAAUAGGGGGAAAGUUUAUGAUGAAAAUAUGUCAGUCAGGUAUAUUCUGUUUUCUAAGUUCAGAAAUUAAGUGGGCAUUAUCUGGAUAUAUGGGAAGGGAAUCUCUGCUUUUGGAGAACAGCACAGAUAGGACAGAAGCCAUCAUCCCCACCCUUAACUAAUCCACCAUUAAAGUUUGAAUUCUUCACGCCA